CGCCUGCCUCUGCUCUCCCUCGCACGAACUAUGCCCGACCCACGUUUUGCCCGGCUGAAGAACGACCCUCGCUUCAGGCAAAUACGCAAGAAGGAGGCUAAGGUCGUCGUUGACGAGCGUUUCAAGAGCAUCUUCGACGGGAGCAAGGGCAAGAAGAAGGAUAGGAAGGGUAAAGGGCGUGUCGAUAAGUAUGGCAGACAGGUAUCGGAGACGCAUGAUCAGGACAAUCUGAAGCGAUUUUACCGGCUCGAGGGCAAGGAGGAAGAGGAAGAGGAGGUGCAGGCCGAGCCGGAGGCCCCCAAACGGCCGGAUUACGCCCGUGGCGAGGUUUUGCUCGAGUCAUCGGACGAGGAUGACAUAGGCAGUGCCCAUGAGGAUAACGAGAGCGAUUCGGGUGGCGUCGUCACGCUCGGGCGUACGGAGCGCAGGCACGUCUUCGAAGAUCCCGACGAGCCCGAGAUCGACCUCGACGAAGAUAGCUUCGCAGACCUCGAUGCGCAGGCGACGGCGUAUGCAAAGGAACAUAAUGGUGAAGAUACAACGCCUGAUACAGACCGUACGCGACGUCUUGCCGUCGUGAACCUUGAUUGGGACCAUGUCAAGGCGCAGCAUUUGUACAAGAUCUUCUCGUCCCUUGUUUCGCCGACAGGAUCCACGCUUGCAUCAGCCCCUUCUGCGUUCUCGUCGAAGGAGAGUGGGAGGACGAAGGGUGGAAACCGCGUUGUACGGGGGAAAAUCCUCAGCGUGCGCGUGUACCCUAGUGAGUUCGGCAAGGAACGUCUCGCGAGGGAGGAACAAGAGGGUCCACCACCGGAAUUGUUUAAUUCCCAAGAUAGGGAUGAGGUCGGUGAUGCAGAGGAUUACAACGAGGCAGCGUUGCGGAAGUACCAGCUUGAGAGGCUAAGGUACUACUAUGCUAUCGUCGAGUGCAAUACUGUCGAGGCGGCAUCACACAUAUACAACGAACUCGAAGGCACUGAGCUCGAACGUUCUGCUAACGUCUUCGACCUUAGUUUCGUGCCAGACGAAAUGACGUUCGAUGGCGAGCUCAGAGACGAAGCCACGGAGGAUGUCAACGCUCCGUAUAAGCCACUGGACUUUACCACCGACGCUCUGCGACACUCGAAAGUAAAGCUUACCUGGGAUGACGACGACCCUGAACGUUUGCAGGUCACACGACGAGCGCUGACUCGCAAAGAGAUUGAGGAGAAUGACUUCCGCAAGGCUGACCGCGAGAAGCUACGCGCGCUGCUGCUCGGUGGUGGGGACGACACACUACCUGAGGGCUGGAACAAAGGCAUCUCGGACGACGAGGGCGACGUCGAUGUGGAGAUCACGUUCACACCAGGCCUAAGCGAGCAGCAGGACGAGGCGGAGGAGACGACGAUCGAGAAAUAUGCGCGUAAGAUGAAGGAGAAGAAGCAGAAGCGCAAGGUCGUGCGUGCAGACAAGAAGCAGGAACAGGACGCGCCCAAGAAGGGCAGCGGCCUCAACGACGACUUCUUUGGUGGAGACAGCAGUGACGAGAGCGAUGACGAGAGUGAGCCAGAGCAGAAGAAGGGGAAGAAGAGUAAAAAUGACCGCAAGGGCAAAAAGGAUGCGGAGGACGAGCCGGAGAGGCAGGGCAAGAAAGUCAUGUCGACUGCGGAGGAGCUCGCUCUCGUUGCGAUCUCGGACGACCCACACGCGGAGCCGAGGCACUUCGACAUGAAGGCCGUGCUUAAGGCGGAGAAGUCGAAGGGCAACAAGCGGAAGGGCAAGAAAGGCGGGAAAGGCGAUGAGGAGGAACAAGAGCUUCAGGAGGACUUCGCAAUCGACGUGAAGGACGAGCGGUUCAAGGCACUGCACGAGGACCACACGUUUGCGAUCGAUCCGAGCAACCCUCACUUUAAGAAGACGAAGAGCAUGUCUGCCCUACUUGAGGAGCGCGUUAAGCGGCAGAAGGAGAAGCUUGGCGACCCUAACGCUGUUGCGCAGCCGAAGAAGGCCGGCGACAACGCAUCAUCAAAUAAUCUCAAGAGUCUUGUGGAGAGCGUGAAGCGGAAGAGCGCUGCAGCAAAUCACAGCGGCGUCGGCAAGAGACGCAAGCUCUAGGGCUUCGUGGCACAAAAGCAGCGUGCUCUACAUAGUGCUGAGUGUGAUGCAUACCCCAUUUCCGAGCUGUGUUAAUGGUUAAUUUGACGCAAGCACUGCGGCGGUCAUUACGGCUGCUUGUUCCGAACGAGGCUGCUGGCCGUUGGCGCUCCGCUACGACCAGCCGCAUGUUUGACUAGACUCUUUAAUGUGAUCGUUCAUGAUCCUGGUGGCUUCGGGACCUGCUGUCGUGUAUAACGGAGCGCCUGUAGUCGGCUAAUUCCGCGCCACGAAGAUAGGAAAUGGCGGUAACUCAAGCACCGAAGUGAGGGCCCGGCGUCGUGAGGUAGUCGAGCGUAUAGCAUAUAGCGACGAUUUUCAUGAGCUGCUUGCG